AUGACGUCCUCGGCUUUGACUACGCCCUCAGUUUGGGACGUGUCGUACAUCGAUGGUGCUGGUCUCGAGAGUGCCGAGGACCUCUUCAUCGUACUGAAGUCGGUUUUUCCACAAGGGAAUGUUGAGAUUACGAAGAAGGAUGAAAUCACAUUCCGUGUGAAGCUGCCCUACUGCAGUAAGAUCGCUUCGCUGAUGGCCAAGUUCGGCGACUACGGGGAUGCCAUCACCAUCAUAUCGGCGGGCGCAGAUUUGAGCGUCGAGCAGACCAGAAGGUUGGCGGCGGUGAAGGCAAACAUCCUGAAGCGCCGUCGCAUUGAUGAAAAUGCGGUGGAAGUAAAAAUUAUAAAAGUCCCUGGCCAUUCAGUUUUCGAAGAUCUGGUGACUAUCCCGAAAUACCAUUCGGACGGGCGCUCGGGCUUGGAUUUGCACGCCUACCUCCCCGGCCCACUCAAUCGUUUACGACUCUACCCGAACAGUUAUACACUGGUACCUACAGGGAUAGCAGUAGCCAUCCCAAAAGGCUAUGAGGGACAAAUACGUCCACGGACCGAUUUGGCCUUCUUAUACGGGAUCACCGUAAUGAACUCUCCGGGGACCAUCGACUCUGACUUCAGAGGUCAAAUCAUGGUGCUCCUUAUAAAUUUCAGUAACAAGAUGUAUGAGAUUGUAGAUAAUGAAAAAAUCGCACAACUCGUAGUGAGUAAAGUGAAUGAAGUACGUUGGUGUGUAAAAAAAACCAAACGGGUUAAAGGGUGGGACUCAACCGGUUCUGAUGGGGGCUCUGAUUUCCCCGAGGUUAAUUGGGACUCUGAACCACAAAUUGAUUCAAUUCCGGAUCCCGAAUCGGACCUUGACGAAGUUGUUGUUAUAGACUGA